GCCCCGCCUCCCCAUCUUCCUCCUCCUCCUCCUCCUUGAUCACUGCACCGAGCUCACCCUCUCAUGCUUUUCGCAUCCGCAACGCGGAAGAGCAAAAGCCGAACAGAAACCCUCCCACAUUCUCCCGUCCGAUCGACGGAGCGAAGAUGUCCGCUUCCCUGGACAUGAGCCUCGACGAGAUCAUCCGGCGCAAGCAGCGGUCCGAAGCCCGCCGCCGGGGCGCCCCCGGCCCUGGGCCGCUCCGUCGCCCGCCGAACCGACGCCCGCCCCGAUCAGCGCCGUAUUCUCCCCCGAUUCUUGGCCUGAGUUCUUCAGCGCCAAUGGCACCGAUUUGGCAGCAAGAGGGUCUGGUCAGUGGAACAUCCCAGCCCGAGGCAGGCACAAAGCUGUAUAUAUCGAACUUAGAUUACGAAGUCUCCAAUGAGGAUAUAAUGUUACUGUUUUCAGCUGUUGGGGUUAUGGAAAGAUGCGGAAUCCACUAUGAUCGAAGUGGGAGAUCCAAGGGAACUGCGGAAGUUGUUUUCUCACGCCAUUCAGAUGCUUUAGCAGCUAUCAAGAGGUACAACAAUGUCCGACUUGAUGGGAAGCCGAUGAAAAUUGAGAUUGUUGGACUGGGUCUCUUUCCUCCUGCUCCUCUGCUUCCCCUUCCCCCUCCUCUUCCAAAGAGCAGUGUUGGAAGAUUUCGGGGUGCCUUUGCAAGUGGACAAGGUUCUGGUGCUGAGAUUCUGUAUCAGGGUGGCAGUAGCCAGGGACCUCCAAGAGUCGGUGGACCAGGAAAAGCUCAUUUGCAAAUGCCAUCCGCAAAAGACCUCGAUGCCGAUUUGGACAGAUACCGUUUAGAAGCCAUGCAGUCUUCAUAAGCAGAACAAAUUACCUUUUAGAAUACUCAUCAUGUGGUCUUCACUUUUUUGAGACAAAACUAAGCAUGGUAGUAUAUCGUCCACUGUACCUGGAGUGGCGUGCCGUUCUUUUUCGGAUGCUCCACCUUUAAACCAUAAUGAAUUUGUGGCCCAAAUUGUACGUAUCGGAGCAUCUUUUAGCAGCUAACCUCGUUUGUCAUUUUGAAAUAGCUAAAGCACUGUUAGCCAAGAAUCGCCAAUUGAAUUGAAGCU